AUGGAUGAAAGAUAUACAGAAGAUUCGGAGUUAAUAACCAGACAUAUUAAAAAUAAUCCUUUAUUCUUCGGUACUCUUUUUGAUUGCCGUCAUUCCAAAGCAUUGGGUUCUAUUUUGUCUACAAGAAAAUUUACAAGAGAUCAUUUUAUCAUUCAUACAAUGAAAACAACUAAUUACCAAUUAGUCCAUGUUAAGAAUACGGAAGAUAAACUAAAAACAUUAAAAGUAGACGGUUCGAUGUCUGCUGAGAUAUUAUCUGGUAUUAUCAAUAUAGAGGGAAGUGGUUAUUCCGAUAAUACAUUUUCUAAAAACUUGGGUGAAGAACAACUUAUUUGUCAAUAUAGUCAAGAUAACUAUAAUGUUGAAUUGACUGCCAAAGCAAGAGAAAUAGCGGACAAAUUUGUUAAAGAUCAGCUCCUCAAAAAUGAGCAGAAUAUUCAUUUUGGUAAAAUGAAUAAAGCAUCAUUGAAAGCUAGCUUGGGAAAGUUAGACUUGGAAAAUGCUAACAACUAUAAGAUGCAAAUAACUGCUGAUUCUAGACCACCAAUGCAACAGCAGUUAACAUCUAUAAAACAGGUGUUCGAAUUUAUUGAAAGUAUAGAUAUGUCCAUUCAAAAAGAAAAGCAUUUCAAGUUUAUUGGUUCAGAUAUUACAGGUGUGCCUAUUCAGUUUAAACUUAGGCCAAUUUCUUGGUUCUUUCCUGAAUUUAAAGUCGAAAAACUUUAUAGGCAGAUACAAGACAAUACUCUAGAAAACUUCCUCAUCAAACUCAAAAAGUAUCAAUCUUCUGAAUAUAUCAAGAACCGUGUAUUAAAAAAAUCAGAAAAUCGCUUGCAAAUUAUUUUAUCUGAUAAUCAAUCCAAACUAUCAAAAGAGAUUUUAGAAUUUCAAAAGAAAGUAGAAAAGACUACCAAGAAUUAUUUUGAAAUAAUGUGUGAAGCUUUAAAAAAAUAUAAGAUUGGGAAAUGCACUCCUGAAGAGCUCUUUAAAAUUAAGCAGAAUUAUGAUAAAAGUGAUUUCCAUACCGAAAAAGUGCACAAGAUUGAAUCAUUUGUAUUAUACGGGAAAAAAGAACUCAGUAUCGUACAUGAAAAAGAUACAGCUAUCAACAUUAAAUAUUUUACAAAUCCUGAUAAACUGGAUGAAUGGUUUAAUUUCGGAGUAAAUGUUAAGAUACUGUUACGAACUAGUUUUUUGUCCGAAGGAAAUUCCUCAAAUAACGUGAUACGAUAUCUCACUGAAAUUGCCGAUGAUUUACAAAAACGAGGUAUUGGAAAUAUUGAAGUUGGAAUAGCUUAUCCAAGUGUUUCGGAUGGCUUUUCUUUAGAGAUUAAAGAUUACAAUGAUUCUCAAACUUAUAGCGUGAAGAAGAUACCCCAAGUCCUCAGAAUUUUAAAUACUGCUAUAGGCAAAGAAAAUUCUAUCGAAAGCCGCUUUUAUAUGCUAUAUGCAUUAAGCUUUCGAAUACAAUUACCUCUUCAAGACUUUUCAUCUUUAAAUAAACACAUAUCUUUGUUAAAUAUUAAUCAUAAUAUUCAUAUUGCAUCCCAUGCAGAUUCUCUUCAAAGAAUCAAAGAAUCUAAGGAUAGUGAUAUUAAAUUUUUCGUUUCAUUGGAUGCUGAUACUUCAUUUGAGGCUAUUUGUGAGAUAAAAAAUAUUGUGUCAAAAGAUUGUUUUUCAAAAAUUGAAUGGAUAUUUGGCGAAUCAGGUAUUUCAUUUUUAAAUGCAGCACCUUUGAUACUUAUCUUUUAUGGUGGAAAGAUCAAAGCCGUAUGUUUAGAUAAAUUGGAUCUCUUAAUUCUUUUGCAAAAUUUUGAAAAUAAAAAUUUCUCUAUUUUGUCAUGCGAUUCUUUAAGUCAUUCAUUUUAUCUUGAUCGAUCUAAAUUUUCCUUGGAAUUUAUAAAAACUGUGGAUUCAACAAACAUUAAUAUACAUAAUUUAGAUCCAGUAAAUCUUAAGAUACCAUUCAAUCAAUCGCCAGAUAAAACCCUAAGCGAUGCAUUAAGUGUUAUUCGCACUAUUGAAAAUGAUAAUGAUGAUAAACUUAAAGAUCUUCUAAUGGGACAUGGGUGGCUUACUAAAAACUCAAAGUUUAAUAACGAAAUACCAAAAGAUUUAAAAACAUCUUACAAAAAAUUAGAAAAUUUAUUAAAACGAUACCAAUCAUUUCAUAUUAACCCAUCAUUUCAUAUUAAAAUUUUGAUUUUUUUAUUGGAUCAGUCUUCUAAUAAAAAGUUUCCUGACGUUGUGGAUGUAAUUAUAUCCAAAUAUAUUAACAGACUACCACGUCAUGUUGAUCCAUAUAAAAGUCGCUGGAAUAAGAUUGAAGAAUUGACGAAUAGAAAAUAUUUACCGAAUCUAGUUUCAUUACUUGCAAAGUCGAAUUAUGAUCCGCAAUUAUGCAAGCUGCACGAACAGCUGAAUAAAAUAAGCAACGUCGACAACAAAAAAGAUAUUAAAAGGAUGUUUGAAUUACUAUCAGAAAUGAACUUUACAGAAGAACACAAUAAGUAUUUCUAG